AUGCCUGACGCUGCUGUACUAGAACAAGAGAAAGAUACUGUUAAGAUUGUGGUCCUUGGUGCUGCUGGUGGGAUUGGACAAUCUUUAUCUCUUUUAAUUAAAUCGCAACUGUAUUAUGUGGUUAGGAGUAAUAAAAGAAUCCAUUUGGCAUUAUAUGAUAUUAAUAGAGAUGCAAUAUCGGGGGUAGUGGCAGAUAUGUCACAUAUUGAUACACCUAUUACAAUAUCUGCGCAUUACCCCGACGAAGAAAAUAAAGAAAGUUUAAAAGAUUGUUUAACUAAUGCAUCUAUUGUAUUAAUUCCUGCAGGUGUACCAAGAAAGCCUGGCAUGACUAGAGAUGAUUUAUUCAAAGUUAAUGCAGGAAUUGUAUCCCAAUUAACAGAUUCAAUAAUUAAAUAUUGUGAUUUAAAAAAAAUCUUCAUUUUAUUAAUUUCGAAUCCAAUUAACUCUUUAAUUCCCGUUAUUAUGAAUAGAUUUAAAUAUAAUGAAUCAAUUACUAAAGAUACAAAUAUUGAAAAAAGAUUAUUUGGUAUUACAACAUUAGAUUCAACAAGAGGUUCAAUUUUUUUAAAGGAUACAAUUAAUAAUUUAAAAUUAACAAGCGGGUUACAAGUUAUGGAAAUGCCACAUGUACCUGUUAUCGGUGGACAUUCAGGCGAUACAAUUAUUCCAGUAUUUUCACAAUGUUCUGCAGCAGAUAAUUUAUCACAAGAUCAAAUUUCAAAUUUAAUUAAUAGGGUCCAAUAUGGUGGUGAUGAAAUUGUUUUAGCUAAAAAGGGUAAAGGUUCUGCAACUUUAUCAAUGGCACAUUCAUCAUUUAAAAUGUUAAUUAAAUUUGUUGAUUUAAUUUUAGGCAAUUGUAAUGAUUUAACCAUCACAUCAUUUAUUUCAUUAAAAAAUCUAAAUCAAGAUAAUGAAAUUGCUAGUGGCGGUAAAGAAUUAAUGUCAAGAAUUAAUAACUUAAAUUAUUUUGCUAUACCAGCGAUUGUAACAAUUAAUGGAAUUAAAGAAAUUAAAUUUAAGAUCAUUGAUUAUUUAAAUUAUAAUGAGUUUAAUGAUCUAUUACCAAUUUGUUUAAAAAAUUUGAAAACAAACAUAGUUACAGGUGAAUCAUUUUAA